CUGCUGUUGGACUCAAGGUUCCCAAAUGCAGUGACUGGUUGUGUUUGUUGGACAUGGGAAUUCACCCCUACAUGAGACUCAGAGGGAUACAGUUUAUGAGAAAUUCCUCUGAUAAAAGUCAAGGCUCCUUCAAGGCGGCUCAGUGCAGGAGAUAGGUCUCAGGUGAGCGGGAGAGCCUUCCGCAGGGGGGCUCGGAAGACCACGACUGGAAGAGGAAGCUGCCUCCCACGGAAGCCACCGCCUUGUGCAGGGAGCCGUGGGCCUGUCGAGGACACCCCAGGACCGCUAACCCUACUUCUUGGUUGACUUUGCACCUGAGCGCUGCCCACACCCACCAACUCUGAGCUCCUGGGAGAGGCCGGGAGACGCUGCCGGGGGCCGUGAGUCACGAGUGUAAAGUACGCCCAGGGCCUGGCAGGCAGGUCUGUGCCAGGGUAAGGUGUCAUCAGGUGAAGCCACAAAGGCUGUUUUCCUGGAGCCCCUGAGAUAAAAGAUCCAUCGCCUUUUCUCUCUCCUGCCGCUCCGGGCUUGGGGGCUGCAGGUCCCCGGACAGCGGGGUGGGGGCGUGAACGCGAGUGCGCGCGUGUGCAUGUGUGUGUGUGUGUGUGCGCGCGCGCGCGCGGCCUUCCGGCAGCUGUCCCGGCCCCCGCUCCCCCCCCACCGCCCCCGGCCCUGCGCGCCGCCCCCACCCCUCGCCGUGCUGGGUGCGCGCGGGUCGCUGCGCUCCCCCGCGCCUGGGAGGCGACCCCCGUGCGCCCCGGGUUCAAAGGCCCCGCGAGGCAGCUCCAGCCUCUCUGGGGGGCGGGGAGGCGAGGGGGGUGGUGCGGGAGCCAGAAAGCGCGAGCCCACAGCCGGCCAGCGCUGCGCAGGGAUGGGCAGUGCGCUCUGAAGUUUGUGACCGUCGCAGCCAACUCCUGGCCGCAGCCCGGGACGCAGCGAGCCAGCGGCCGGCCUCGAACCGCCCUCCCCCCAGCCGGAGGGCGAGGCCAGCUGUGCCCGGCGCUCUUUGGCGGCCACAGGCGUCUGUCCUCCGCUGCUCUCGCGUCCGAUCCGGGUUCAUGGAGCUGAGGCUGUGGUUCCUUUUCGGGCUCACAGUGACCUCCGCCGCAGGACCGGUGCCUCGUCCCCAGCCUGGGGACGCUGGCAGGAGCGGCGUACCCCGGGCCCCCUCUGCAACCAAGGAGACCAUGGCCAUGGUGGCAACGCGGGGUCCAAGCCCCAGAAGCUCUGGGCAGGAGCAGGAACCAGGUCCAUUUGGGGAGCUGGCUGCCAAGGGGGGCCCUGUGCGCUACCGAGCCCGGCGCUGUACGUGUUUCACCUACAAGGACAAGGAGUGUGUCUAUUAUUGCCACCUGGACAUCAUCUGGAUCAACACUCCUGAACGGACUGUGCCCUACGGACUGUCCAACCACAGAGGCAGCGUCCGGGGCAGGAGGUCAGCCGGGCCGUCCCCGCAGAGCUCUCAGCCGUCGAGGGGGACCCUGCGCUGCGCCUGUGCAGAGAGCCAGGACAGAGCCUGCGUGUACUUCUGCACCCGGACCCUGGCUGCCCGCGGGGCUUCCAGGACGCCAGAAACCCCUGACAAAGAAGCAGGAAAGCCAGCAGGCAGGGCCACUGGAGGCCUGCAUCCGAGAAGGUUGAAGUCAAGGACAGACAAAGCCAGGAGGCUUUAGACCUUCCCCAUCAAACGCCUGCCCAGGCAGCGGCUUCCCCCGCCUGCUGCCUGCCCGCCUUGCUCGGCCUUUAGGGAGCCUCUGGGAGAAGGCCCUGCAGCAGGAAGGCCUCAGUCCCGGCCCGACACGGUUCACAUUUCCACCUCUUUGAGGACAAGGAAUGAGUUUUGCCUGGGGGAGAAAAGCCACUCAAAGGGGCCUCCCUGAACGGUGCAGCCCUUCCCCCAGGCCGGCCCCAUCCAGAGACCCUGGUUUCCCUAAUGGGUAAAACGAUCCCAGCUGUGCCCUGGGGCCCGCCGCCGCCCAGGGCUCCGGUUUCCUGCAGGAAAUUGUUUGGGGAGAGCUAGGGCACGUCGCAAAGCCAUUCUCUCCCAGCACAAGUGGACUUCAAGCUAACUCUUUGCAAAUGUCAACCCGUGUCCAUCUUGAGACAGAAGCAGCAGACGGCACCGAGAGCACGCUGACAUCUGGGCCCUCGCAAAGGGCAGGCGUGGGGUGUGAGCCAGUGGGGCCGCCGGGCUCAAUAUUAGACGCCCUUUGUAGCCACACUGGAGUUGAUGAAUUUGAAGCGUAGAGGAUUUGGACAGAAAUCGUCCGCUGUGCUUGGUACCCACGAGAAGAAUGGAUCUCAAAACAAACAAACAAACAAACAAAAAAAAACAAAAAAAGGAAAGAAAGAGGUAACCUUCAUGUUUUCAAUGAGAAAAAAGGAGGAAAUUGAUCUGAGCGUGUGGCUCCCGGGACGCGAUGCGUGGCGGAGGUCGCCCUUUGCAGAGCGGCCACCAGAUGACCGUAGACCUUGGUCCCUGGAAGCCACUGCACAGGCAGCCCCAGCUCAAGUGACUAGGGCGAUAUUUGUUUUCCCAAAGAAAGGUGGCUCUUUGGGGGAAUGGCUUCAAAAAAAGCCACAAACACAAACGCUUGGUAAAUUGUGUAAAUUUCUAUUUGUCGAUCUAAUUGGCAACAACUGGGAGCUGUAGCGCCUGACAGUUGCUGUCUCUUUCAGCCGUGCUCUAACUGCCACGCUGAGAUUACCGAGCAUCUGAAGAAGAUGCGGUGUUUAGUCAUCCUCGGGCGUGGGGAGCGCACCCCCCCCCACCCUCCCCAUGGCAGAGAGAUAAGAACCGGCCUUUGAGCGCACGGCCACGUGGUGAUGUGAUGGCGAAUGCCUGGGUGCUGGCCUUGAGUAAAUGCUGAUUUCUGGCUGCGUAUUCCCUAAGUUAUUAUGGGUAUAAAAGUCACUGUCUCUCACAAGGAAGUGGAAGGGACUGAUGUGCCAGCAGGAUGGUGUCCGGUUCAGAGAAGCCAUUAUUUAUUGUGCACCUGUUCUCUACGUCAGCUCCUCUAGGUGGAUGGGUUCACAGCCAAGCCACGGUACACAGAGAGAUUUUAAAUUGUGUUCUGAAGCCCAACUCAUAUUCCUUAGAGCUAUAACUACGGUUUUUAAAUGCAUAGGCACUGUUUGGCUUUGUGCCAAGAUGAUAUCUCAUAGAGAAAUUCAUUCCUUGUGCUAACACUCAGAAGGUACCUAACUGUCAAAUGCAUAAUAAACCAAAAAAAAAGUGUAAAAGUUUGCUCUGA